UUCACUCCGAGGCCGUUGAACAAAGAAGUUCUCCUUUUCUCUUUUUUUAAUUAAAUUUAGUUAAAUUAAAUUAAAAUAAAUAAAAUUUUUGUUUGAAAAAUUAUAUUUUUAUUGAUUAUGGACGAAUUUAUUCGUGUGGGUGGGGUCAAAAUGACUAACGAUGAAGUAUGCGAAUUGCUUUCCAGUAGCAUGGACUUUCCAUAUGACAGUGUUGACGAAGAGGAGGAGGAUGUUUCGGAAAGUUGUUCCACUCAAGUAGGGAAUGGUAAUAAAAAUAUUCUUAAUGAAAAAAAUGAAGUUGAAGUGCAGAUGGUUCUUGAAGAUGCUGAGAAAGAAAUAGACGUUGACCUGGAAGCUUCAAAUCACGAUUCAUUUAUUAGAAUGAUAACGGAAGAUAAUAAUGAAAUCAAUUUGAACGAAGUAAAUGAUAGCGAUGACCAGGUUUGGGAAUUAUUCCCUUCACAGUUUAAAAACGUUUCUGUAAAUCCAAAAUCAUCUGAAUUCGAAAGGGUUUUGUGGAAAAAAGGAAAUUUACAGUUUAAUGAGCAGCAGGUUAAAUUUAGAGGCGACAGCAGCCUUCCUGAUGAGGUAACAGCUUUGGAUACACCAUAUAAAGUAUGGUGUUAUUUAUUUCCACAAUCUUUAGAGGAACACAUUGUUCAAGAAACGCUAAAAUAUGCUGGGCUGGAUGAAAGCUUCCCUUUUGAUGUAUUUGACUUACGAAAAUUCAUUGGCAUUCUUUUUUACAUGUCAUAUUACCAUCUUCCGAAUUCUCGAGAUUAUUGGUCCAGCAACGACGACAGGUCUGCUUCUGUCAUUAAAAGGCAGAUGCCAAUGAAAAGGUUUGAGAAAAUACCUGCACGUAACGAUCCGCUUCAUGAUAGGCUAUAUCUCAUUCGACCCGUAAUUGAUACACUUAUCAAAACUUUCGGAAGUAUACCCACAGAACAGCGAUUGUGCGUAGAUGAACAAAUGUGUUCUACUAAAAUUGGUAGCUUUAUGAAACAAUAUUUGCCUAACAAACCCAAAAAAUGGGGAUUUAAAUUUUUUGUUUUAUGCGAUACUACUGGUUAUGCGUACAAGUAUGAUUUAUAUACCGGAUUAUCAGAAAAGCCUCUCGAAGGAGAACCAGAUUUACAACCUUCUGCAAACAUAGUCGUUGGAUUAAUGCGCGAAGUGCCGCGUUUUCAAAAUCACAUUGUUUAUUUUGAUAAUUACUAUACCACUCUUCCGCUCCUAGUAUAUUUGAGAACACAGGGUAUCCUUUCCGUUGGAACUAUUCGGCGCAACCGAAUUAAAAACUGUAAGCUUCCUGAGGAGAAAAUUAUGCUAAAGUUUGAGCGAAGCACCAGUAAGGAAUUUGUUUCCAAUAUAUGUGGCAUCGAUGUAACGUCCAUAUCGUGGAAAGAUAACCGUGUUGUAAAUAUGGUUUCUACAUACAUUGGAAGGAAGCCUCUGAUUAAUUCAUUCCGAAGCACACUAGAUCCUUGCACUGUCAAAAGAUAUGACAAAAAGGAAAAAGCUACUAAAACUAUUCCAUGCCCGCAAAUUGUUAAGGACUAUAAUCAACACAUGGGUGGAGUAGAUCUCAUGGACAGUUUUAUGAGUCGUCACAAAAUUACUUUAAAAAGUCGAAAGUGGACAAAUCGAGUUUUUUAUCAUCUUUUGGAUAUGACUUGCAUUAACGCAUGGUUGUUAUAUAAAAGAAUAAAUAGAGACCGCCCUGAUGCGAAGCAUUUAAGACUUAUUGAUUUUAAGCUGGAAGUUGCUGAUUCAUUGUUUUUAUACAAAACCAAGAAAGGAUCAAUGCGUGGGCGACCUAGUUUGGAAUCGCUUAUUAAGGAGAAACGAUUCAAGCCCAAUUCCCAUAUAGCACCUCCCAAGGAUAUCAGAUUAGACAAAACCGAUCACUGGACAACGGUGGACACAAAAGGACGAUACAAGAUGCCAAAUUGUGCAGGACAGACAAGAAUGCGUUUACGUGCAGGGAGAUCGUCCAUUGGAUUGCAAACAAAUCUGGAACCCACAAAGUUAUUAAGAGAUGCUAAUUUAGGCGUCCAAACCGAUUUAUCACUUCAUAAGGAUAUAGGAAUUCUAACAGAUGGAUCCUAUGCCAAGAAGACAGUAAACGGCCAUGAACGUAAAUAA